UUCCCUUUCUUCUUCGGCGACUCAACCUCCUCUCUGCGAUUACGAACCCACAGAAACCUCCGUUCAUCUUCUUCGAUUACAGUCUUCCCUUCGUUUCUUCUCCAUCAUUUCAUCAUCUCCAUCAUCUUCGACAUCCUCUUCACCAUCGUGGACAUCAUCUCGCCGCUCGGCUUUCUCUGGGAGUGAAACCCUAAUUCGCGAAUCGUAAACCUCUUUGAAGGUGUCAAGAAGUACGUCGGUGUCAAACAUGAGUUGGAAGCUAGAUUUUCGUGGUCUCUAGUUCAUAGGGAAUGUACAGAUUCAGAUUUCAUUCUUAGGUGGACACCCUCAUAUUGUGGAAAGCAAUUCCAAGCUGGCCAUAGCUCUCUGACAGUCAUGGAUGAAUGCUUUCUCCCCAUUAUUGACAGGAGGAGUGGGGGUAAAUAUUGUACGAAAUGUCCUUUACAAUUAUUUCAUGGUAACCGCUUAGCUGAGAUGCAGUUCAUUGGAACUCGGCAUGUCUACAGACACCAAGGGAUGUGCCGCCGGCUUUUCAGCGUUGUUGAAUCAACUCUUCAAAAUCUCAAAGUUGAAUUACUUGUUAUCCCUGCAACUGCUGACUUAAGCCAUGUUUGGAUAUCCAAAUUCGGGUUUAAAUAUGUCGAGGAUUCUCUGAAGAAAGAAUUGCGGUCCAUGAAUCUACUAGCCUUUCCUGGUAUUGAUGUGUUACAGAAAGAACUGCUAGCACCAAGACAUGCCAAGUCUGCUGCUGACACAGCAACUUGCUUCACAUGGAUUGUUCCAUGUACAUGUAAGAGCUACUGGUGGCCUUCACAUUGAUGAUCAUCAUACUAAUGAAGAUGUUGCUCUUGCUAUUGGUACAGCUUUGUUAAAGGCACUUGGUGAGCGGAAAGGGAUUAACCGUUUUGGCAAUUUUACAGCUCCUCUUGAUGAAGCACUCAUACGUGUGUCCCUGAUCUAUCUGGUAGACCAUAUCUUGGCUACAAACUUAGAGAUUCCAACCCAGAGAGUAGGAACAUACGACACACAGUUGGUGGAGCAUUUCUUCCAGUCUUUGGUGAAUACUUCUGGUAUGACACUUCACACCCGACAGCUUGCCGGUAAAAACUCUCAUCACAUAAUAGAAGCGACCUUUAAGGCCUUUGCAAGGGCUCUCCGACAAGCAACAGAGUCUGAUCCACGUCGCGGUGGAACAAUACCAAGAAAAUCUUUGGAAAGAAGCAAGAUCUGGCUGGGAAGAAUCUAUAUAAUGAGAAAACAAGUCUAACGUUGUUAAGUUUACGGCAUAUUUGCAGUUCAAAAGGAGUCUUGUCACGGUCGUAAGAGGCAGUGAAAAAAUGUUUCAGUCUAUUGUUCGGAGUUAUGUACAAUGUACAUUACAAUGUCAAACCUGCUGGAUCUUUGUUCAUUUAAUUUGCAAAAGUAGAUGUAUUUAAGAUCAGUCUUGUGAAAAAUGGUUCAUCUUUAUAUUAUACCGCUCUAAACUGCUUUAUCCUAUCUUAGCAUUUGAUCUUUUUUCUUUCACCCAUUGUACAGUACGUAGUAUGACAUCUAAUGCCCUUUCAGUGGUGUUUCAGCGUUUUUUUGUUGCCUUUGCUUAAUGCUCACUUCUAAUCAGUGUUUUAAUUUCGUAACACAUUACAUGCGAGUUCUUUGCUGAUGUUUAGGUGCAGAGUAAGGAUUUUGCUAGCUAAUUGGUUAUAAUUGAUCACCAAUAAGUUGUUUGUCUCCCAGAUUAUUGUUCUUGCUAGACGUUUAUCAAGCUAAUUGGUUAUUGUUGGUCACAAGGAUCUUAUUGCUCUCUCUGGUUCUAGAAUCUAGACUUUGUUCAUCUGUGUUGUUGUAUUAGUGGUAGUCACCAAUAGCUCUUUCCUCAUUACGAGUGCUCCUGCUCGUGAUUCAUGGAGCUUUCUCUGUAAUUUUCGCAUGUUACAACUGAUAAAUUUGAUACUCUUGUUUUCUUC